AUGGAGCCUAGAAGGGUGGCAGAUUUUCCCCCAGCUCUGCAAAGAGCUGACUCUAUGUGUGAAAGUGCAUAUGGUCCCAUGACCAACUCCAAUCCUGGUGAUGCCAGCAUUGGCCAACCCAAUCCUGACCAGAUUGUCCCUGGAGCUAUGAUGGCCCGAAUGAUGGUGGAGAUUACCCUGGACAUGGUAGCCUGGUGCAAACAGGAGGCUGAAAGAGCCAAUGACUGGUUGAUGAAAGCCCAGCUGUCUGGGUCUCAAACAGCUGGGUUUGAGUCUCUGUACUAUCAGCUGCUUGUAUCUCAAGCAGCUGACUGUGCUGCUGCAGUGGCCAGUGCUGAGUGCUGA